AUGACUUCGCUACUUGCUACCUGCUUUCUUUGGGCCGCUUUCUUUGUCAUCGUAAAGGGUUUCACUCAUGAAGAUAUGAAAGAGGCGAUGCUAAAGAAACUUGGACUCAGCGAAGUUCCUAAAAUUCACAAAAGAGACCUGGACAAUCUCGUUAUUCCGGCGCACAUCAAGAACAAAUACAUGUCCAUGCUUAAACUCCACAACAAGCGGAGGCGCAGGUCUCUGCCGAGUUUGGCUGGAAUCCUGAGGGGUAUCCCUGGCAAUGCAGAUGUCACUGGGGAGUUUGUAUAUUCUGACACUACUCGGCAAAGAGUUGUAUUCGACAUGGAAUCCAGAAUUCCGGAGAAUAGCGAAGUCACCAUGGCAGAACUAAAGCUGUAUAAGAAAGCCCCACACAAGCACUCCAUGCCCGAGAAGAAAAACCACAGACCAGUAAAUAACGCACGCGUGAGCAUCUACUGGGUGGAGAUUCUCGAGAAUGGGUCUAACCGAACCUCGCUCGUUGACUCAAGGCUGAUUCCUAUUCAUGAAACUGGAUGGACGAGCUUUGAUGUCACUCAAGCUGUGCACUACUGGUCAAAGACACAUCAGAAGACGACAACGAUGCAUCUUGAGGUGUGGAUCGAGGGCGAGAGACCUGGCAGUUACGCGGCUGAGAUGGCCAAACGCGUCCACUUCACAACUCAAGAGACAAGUGACAACACUUUGGGAAAACCAGAGCUUGUUCUGUAUACAUUGAACCUCGAAGAAUUUGGUUCAAGUGGCGACUGUGAAACUAACAAAGACAAAGAUAUGUGCUGCAGAGAAAAACAUUUCAUCAAUUUCCGCGCUCUCACAUGGACGCAGUAUUGGAUCAUCGAACCAGCAGGAUACCAAGCUUACAGGUGCACUGGCGUUUGCAAGCAACCCAAGCGCAACUAUGGCUAUGGAGAGAGAAAGUGCGCAAUUGUGGAGAGCGCGCCUUUACCAAUGAUGUACCUUGUUAAAAAGGGUGAUUAUACUGAAAUUGAGGUGGCCGAAUUUCCCAACAUGAUUGUGGAGAAGUGCGGUUGUGCAAUGGACAAUAUUUCUGUCGUAUAA